AUGGGCGGCGUCAUUGAAGCCGUACACAUAUUCGAUGACAAUAGGACCCCGAUCCUGUUCCACGCCUACGCCGGGAGGCCGCUGUCCGCGGCGCACCUCCUGCCCCUCUACCUCGAGCACCCCGCGCCGCGGCCGAACCUGCUGUACCUCGCCAACACGAACCCGCCAACGCUCGUCUUCAGCCUGGUGCACGGCAACCUGCUCCUGCUAGCGACAUCGUCGGGCGAGAUCGAGCCGCUGCUGGUGCUCGAGUUCCUACACCGAGUCGUCGACGCCCUCGAGGACUUUGUCGGCGCGCCGCUUCUGGCGAUCAAGAUUGAGAACAACUACGAUGUCGUCGCGCAGCUGCUGACGGAGAUGUGCGACGCCGGCAACGUCAGCACGACGGAGCCCAACGCGCUGCGGGAGGUGGUUGAGGUGGAAGGAUGGGUGGACAAGCUUUUGGGGAGCAUCAACCUACCAGGAAAACUACAGUCUAAUUCUUCUUCGAUCACACCUUCGAUAUUACCGACGACAGGAACGUCGCUACCGUGGCGGCGAGCAAACGUACGGCACACCUCCAACGAAAUGUACGCCGAUGUCGUGGAAACACUAUCAGUUACCCUGGCGCCGUCUGGGAGACCAUUGGCCGCAUUCGCAAACGGAACGAUUGCCUUCACAGCAAAGGUGUCUGGGGUGCCGGAUAUCACGGUCAACCUCACCAGCCCUUCUGGCAAGCACAACUUGGGGAGCUUCCUGGAGCUACCUGUCUUUCAUCCCUGCGUCAGGUUAAAUAGGUGGCAUGAACGGCCAGGCGAGCUGAGUUUCAUCCCGCCAGAUGGCCGUUUCAUUCUCGCGGGCUACGAAGUCGACCUGCUACCUUUUACAAGUGGCAAGUCGGGCAACCUCAGCAGCAGCUCCCUCAAGUUGCCGGUAAACUUGGAGAUGAAGACCGGCCUAGGGCCGAGCGGUUCAGAGUUUGAGGUACGAUUACAAGUAAACAAAAUUUUCGGCACUCCCGGGUCUUCAUCAUCCAGCCAGCUGGGACGAGGUGGCGGCCCAGGUCGCCUAGGAUCCCCGCACCCAGGCACGCCAGCCUCACCGUUGCUCGACGACUUGAUGGUCACAAUACCGCUCCCCCUUGAUGUCAGAAACCUUUCCGAUAUACGCCCAAGCCGGGGCGACGCCAGCUUCAACCCCGGGCAAAGAGUUCUGGAGUGGCACAUCCCCGCCAAAGAGCUGAGCGGACCGACGUCGCACUUCGGGCUACGCAGCACCGUCGUCGGGGCUCUGAGCAACGAGCAGCAGGAGGACGCGUUCGACCCGAGCGGAUUCGGGUUCGGGCAGCAAGACUACUCGUACAACGAGCCGUACCAGAGCGUGCCGGUGGCCAAGAAUGCGCAAAGGGGCGGCAAGACGCGCGAGGGCGGCGGCAGCGACGAGCAGGACGCGCAAAAAGUGGCUCAGAACAAGAUUCUGAUGCCGAGCUCGGCGUCGGUCAACUUCUCCGUCAAGGGCUGGCUGGCGAGUGGGCUCAAGGUGGACAGCAUCGUGCUGGACACGCGCAAGAGCCGGGGCCUUGGGGAGGGGGUCAAGCCGUACAAGGGGGUCAAAUACCUGACGGUGAGCAAAGGCGGCGUAGAGCUGCGCUGUUAG